CGACGAACAGCCGCUGAGGAGCGGGCAGGAGAGGAGCGUGUCACCGCGGAGGAUGAAGAGGAGAAGCACGUCCUGGAGAGAGUGAGCGCUGACCAGAGGAGAGGAAGGGGUUCUGGGUAAUAAGUCUCUGCACCUUCAGACCAGAUGGCGGGGAGCUAAACGCCAGAAGGACGGAGCAAGAGGAAGAGCACAUCCAUGGGUGACGCCUCGCUUCUCGGGCUAGAGAUGACGGAUGGGAUGUGGGAGAACGACAGCUUCGCCGGCCCCUCGCCUGGACUCCCCCUGCUUUUGCUCAUGUUCAACGACAGCGAUCUGAACCAGACACUGUUCAACUUCAGCUCCUCCAACUGUACCAACUUCACCGACCCAGAUGUCUCCUCAGGUCCCAGCGUGGCAGGGGUCCUCAUCCCACUCAUAUACAUCAUUGUGUGCAUCAUUGGCCUGGGUGGAAACACUAUAGUGAUUCACAUAGUGCUGCAUUACUCAAAGAUAGAGUCUGUCACCAACAUCUACAUUCUGAACUUAGCCAUAGCUGACGAGCUCUUCAUGCUCAGCCUGCCUUUCCUGGCCGUUCAGAACACCAUGCAGUCGUGGCCCUUUGGCUUGUUCAUGUGCCGCCUGGUCAUGACCGUCGACUCCAUCAACCAGUUCACCAGUAUCUUUUGCCUGACCGUGAUGAGCAUCGACCGCUACCUUGCUGUAGUUCACCCCAUUGUGUCUUCAAAGUGGCGGCGGCCUCGGGUGGCGAAAAUGGUGAAUGGCACUGUGUGGGCGUUGUCGUUUCUGGUUGUUCUGCCUGUGAUCAUCUUUGCCAACAUCCAGAGGGCCGGAGGCACCUGUAACAUCUCCUGGCCUCAACCAACUAACAUCUGGAGCGCGGCUUUCAUCAUCUACACCUCCACUGUUGGAUUCUUCUGUCCUCUUCUUAUCAUCUGCCUCUGUUACCUGCUCAUUGUUUUCAAGAUACGCAGCUCGGGUAAAAAAGUCCACGCCACCUCCAACAAGCGCAGAAAGUCGGAGCGGAAAGUGACACGCAUGGUUGUGAUUGUUGUUGCAGUGUUUGUCUUCUGCUGGUUGCCUUUCUACAUCCUCAACAUCAUCAACCUGCUAGUGUCCCUGCCCUCAGACUAUCAGGGCCUUUACUAUUUUGUCGUAUUGCUCAGUUAUGCUAACAGCUGCGCCAACCCCAUCGUGUACGGCUUCUUGUCAGACAACUUCAAGAGGGGUUUCCGGAAGGCGCUCUGCCGCUCCACAAGGAAGGUGGAGAACCACGAGCCCAUGGAGCGCCAGCAGCUGCAUGAGGAAAGGCGGAGGGCGCUCAUGCCCAGGGAGAGCCUGAGACGGGGAAUCGGGGACGAAGUGGACGACGAGGAGGAAGACGUCUCAGAAAUGACUGAGAUCUACAGAAUCGGCCAGAAUGGAAACAGCAGCUUCCAGCCACAGAGCUCAAGGCCACUGCUCUCAGAGACGACUGCAGAAGAGCUUCCGUCCCCGGUCAAGGACAAAGCUGGUGACGCAAAAGGGAAAGAUCCAGUCAAUGGGUCCACACUUGCUGCUCCAUUGCUUCUCAAUGGAGCCAAAAAUGGGAACAUAAAAUCCCUGCCAGAGGAAAACUUGGAGCAGGGCACCUCAUUGGAGAUUAGUCAUUUAUAGUGUAAAAUAUGGACUCUGAGCUUGUGUUACUUGAAAUAUUACUUGAAGUAUUAUAGUGCAGGGAGGACUGCCUCUAAUCCACAAGAAAUACCAGACAAGGUUAAGAAGCGUUUAUUUGUUAUCACUGAGCUCAGAAAGAAUGUAUGACAGUUUAUAAUGUGUACUUUUGGUAUAAUGUGUAUAAAUGCAUGGUUGAAUGUACAGGCUUGUACCUUUAUUUACUGUUAUUACGUUGUAUUAUAAAGAUUUUUGUUCCAUAAUGUGACAAACAUUUCCUACAACUUUCAGCUGAACUCACUGCAACAUGUUACACUUUAGUUAAAAGGUAUAUUGACAACAUGGCUAUACCGUUAGGAUGUUUCAGACAUCUCCUGCCUGAAACACCUGUUUCCUAGAAAUUAUGUUUAGAUAUUACUAACUAGUUCUGUUAGGUUCAAGAGGAGUGUCAGGCUCAAGUGUGUGGUUGGGUUCAUGCAACAAUAACACUUUGGUUAGUGUUGGUGAAGGAUUAGAGCUACAGUUAAAUAUUAAUAAACACAUCUUGUCCUAUGCUUUGAAUUGCUUUUGACUUUUUCCGAAUCAAACCAUAGCACGAUCUCUUAAAAAACCAUAGCUAUGUGAGUGUGAGUGCCUAAGCAUAGCCAUAAUAACUUUCAAACAUAUUUUUUACUUGCUACAUGGAGACAUUAUCAUUAUAGGAACAUGAAAUUAUGUUAAAUUGAUGCGACUUGAACCUUUUAUUUAAGUAAAAGUACAAAUAAAUAGACAAAAAUGUAGAAGUAGCGCUUAAACUUUUCUACUUGAGUAAAAGUAACUAAUGGCUGAAUGAUUGACGUGGCCUUUUCAUCUCCAUUUCAGGAGUUUCUUCUUCACCAGUGAAACUGCUUUUGCAGGAGGCGGGGUCUAUUGUUACCUGCCCGCUCUGAUUGGAUCAGAGAUCCAGAUCUAAUUAUUGAUUUCUUGGUUACUUAAAAACUAUGUGCACAUGUAAAAUAUUAUUGUAUAAAAUUGAAGUGGAGUUGGAAGUAUAGAUAUUUGAUGUAGUGGAGUAAAAGUGAAAAGUACAUGCAAAUAAGUACAGAUACAUGAAAAUGUACCUAAGUAUAUGUACAUUGGUGUGCCAAUUUGCAGGUACGUUCAGCAACUUUUCUGUGUUUGAAAAAACAAAAAAUGCUAAUGAUUACACAUUAGCAUAAUUUCUUAGAAGGUUUGAAUGACUUUACAUGUUGUAACUGACUAUUUACCUUAUAUAUGAGUAUUGGCUUAUGUUUAGAUUUGUUUUUGUUGAGGGCCUGACUGUGGCUGCUAUUAGUUAGUUAGUUAAUCUAAACUUUGCUGUUGCAAAAAAUGUGACUGUAAAGGAGGUGUAUCUGUUAAUGUUGCAGAAGCCCAGACUUAAUUUUUGUGUUCUAUUGCACAUUUGAUGACUUCAGAUAAUAAAACUUAUAUUGUACUGCCUGAUGCCUCCACAUCAGGAAGAACCAAUAUAUUUAUAUGUGUCAUACAGCAGCAAUGUUGUCUCUUUCUCUUUAUCAUAAGUUAUUAGGCAACAUAAUUUCCUGUGCUGUGGUUUAGUUUUGAACGGGUAAAACAUUCAUUAGACAGGUCAUUCUGGAUCUUAAAAUAGAUUAUUAUAAUAAAGCUUGUAUGACAUUGACAAAUAUGAAAAGUUAAUAAUACAGUAUUUGACAUUGAGUUAGCAUUUCAGGAAUGUGAGUUAAUAAUUACACACAAAACAAGUAGUUCAAAACGUGUUAGUUAUUAAAGUUGUUGAAGUUCAAGUUAAUUCCCACAAAACCUUAAAUUGUAUCUUUUCAAAGUUUGUCAAUUUAUUCAAAAUCUGAUUCAGACUUUUUGAUACCCAUUGUGACCAAAAGUCAAUGUAAUGUAUACAUUUGGGCUUUAACCCUGAGACCUUAAAUGAUGAAGAUGCAACAAAUACCUUAAUAUGUAAAGUAUAUCAAUUUGUCACAGUAUUUCAUUCUUUCAAAUCUGACAUUACUGUUCUAUGCUGCUCUUAUAUGUUGUAGAUAAUCACAUCUUCCUUCAUAUGGAAAUAAUUCAAAACAAAUCCCGUGCAAACCACUGUUGAAAAAUGUAUGAAUAGUCCCAGUGUUAGUAGCUUGUAUAAAUGCAAUGUGGCCUGUUAACUGGUGCAGUACAAAAUACAUUUAAUUGCUUUUUAUUUUACUACUAGAUAAAGAAUGCUACCUCACUAAGUGAACUUCAGGGACUCAGAGAAAAACACUCCAGCAUGCUUCAGACAUCAGGCUGAUAUCAAUUCAUGAGGACACGGUAGGAUAAGAAAAAAGUAGUAGCAGAUUACAUCCAGUGGUAUUUCAUCUACCCCAACCAUCUUUCCAUCCAGAGAUACAAAAUUCUCGCGACUCGAUGGGCAUGUAACAAAUCUUUAACGUAAAGUUAGAUGGUUGAUUUUUUUUCUCUAUUUAUCGAAAUUUGAGAUAUUUCUUGGGCUUUCACAUUGGAUUUGAUGUCUUCAUUCAAGAAAAGACUCACGCAUGUAAGAGCUUUCUCUAACUGCAGAAGAACCAGGUCAGAGAUGCAGUUGAAUAGUAUGGACACUACUGAUGACAACUGCAACAAUUAUAACAUAAUGCUGUAAAUGCAAAUUAGUUUUAUUAAUCCUUAUUAUUAACUUUUUGGUGAUUUUUUAUGGCAAGUACUGGAAAAAACAUUUUGUGAAUGUUCCACGGAUACCCCUCUUUCUGUAUAAAGGUAAUCAUUUGUGGUUACAUUUUACUCUAGCCUCCCUCUUAUUUAGCAUUCAUAAGUAAUAGAUUUAAGAAAAUGGUUCAUAAUACAUAUCACGUAAUACAUAUCACGUGUAUAAGAGACUUUAUAGAUGGACAGUAUUUAUGAACAGUUAUAACUUAUCCCAUGAUGACAAACUUUACAUAAUUGCGGCUGUGUUUUAAUAUAUCGCUAUUUAUAAUUUGUGUGUACACCUGCCUCUCCCACAGAAUGUAU